ACUUACAGGAAUCUGCUCCAGAAAGCCCAGCGAGGUCUGCAGCCAACUUCCACUUUCUUCUGGAUGUUUUCGCUUUCAGGACAUCUCGUUCUGAGUCAAGAUUCCCUCUUCUGAACAUGGGACUUUCCAGAAGGACCACAGCUCCUUCCGUGCACUCACUGGGUCUGGGAUGCGCUGGAUGUGGGUUUUGAGGGACUCUGCCCGCUUCUCUGGAGAAGAAUGGCUGUGUGGUCCCUGUGGAGUCUGCUGCUCUGGGAAGCACUACUUCCCACCGUGGUUCGAGGCACCCAGGUGCUGAGCAAAGUGGGGGACUCAGUGCUCCUGGUGGCAGAGCACCCCCCAGGCUUCCAAGUCCGCGAGGCCAUCUGGCGAUCUCUCUGGCCUUCAGAGGAGCUCCUGGCCACAUUUUUCCGGGGCUCUCCAGAGACUCUGUACCACUCCCGCUUCCUGGGCCGAGCCCAGCUACACAGCAACCUGAGCCUGGAGCUCGGGCCACUGGAGUCUGCGGACAGCGGCAACUUCUCCGUGUUGAUGGUGGACAAGGGGGGCCGGGCCCAGAUCCAGACCCUGCAGCUCAAGGUGUAUGAUGCAGUGCCCAGGCCGGUGGUGCAAGUGUUCAUUGCUCUAGCAGAGGCUGCCCCCAAGACCUGCCAGGUCUUCUUGUCCUGCUGGGCCCCCAACAUCAGCGACAUAACUUAUAGCUGGCGACGAGAGGGGACAAUGGACUUCGGAAUCGAACCACACAGCCUCUUCACAGAUGGACAGGUGUUGAGUGUUUCCCUGGGACCAAGAGAGAAGGGUGUGUCCUAUUCCUGCAUUGUCUCCAACCCCGUCAGCUGGGACUUAACCACAGUCACCCCCUGGGAGAGUUGCCAUCAUGAGACAGCACCAGGAAAGGCCUUCUAUAAAGAUGUGUUUCUGGUGGUGGUGCCGGUCUCACUGCUCCUGAUCCUUCUGGUUGGCCUCUUCUGUGCCUGGCACUGUGGCUCCUGCUCAGGGAGAAAGAAGGACGUGUGUGCCGACAGAGCGACUCCUGAGACAGAGAACACCCUUGUGUAGGAUUUGCCACGAGGGACGAUGUAAGCUGAUGCCUGGAUUAUCGGGACCACCACCCCGCCCUGUGCAGGCACAUGAUGCUCUGGGACGUAACUGGUGCCAGGAACCUCCAUGGACUUCAAUCCUCAUGAGACUCCAUCCUGCCUCCCAGGAGAGGCCGAGGCGGCAUCACACUUGAAGGGCAGAAGGCACUAGCACAGCCUCCCACGCCCCCUCUUUCUUAUCCCCUCUUUAUACAUCCCAGCUCUUCUCUGGACAAGAUGAGCCUAGCUGGACAUUCCCUCAAGGACGCUGGAAGUUCUCCAGGAUCCACAGAGACAUUGAUUACCAGAGGCUUUCACUAUCCCACCUCCGUUCAUAAAGUACUAGCCACCUGACACCGGAAGCUUGUCUCCAGCCUCGAUCCCAUGCUCCAAAAUCUGAACUGACAGGAAGAACCCAAAUCACCCACCACCAGCUCCAACUCCAGCCCUAGCUCCUCGAGUUUAAGAUCCUGACGCUUCCUAUUGACCAAGGUGUCAUCAUAACAAAAGAUCUAGGGAAAGGUGAAGGAGGGAGGUGGUGAACAGGUGUUUCUCUUUCUGGCCUGAAAGAAUUCACAGCCCCUCAAGGGUAAAUUGCAAUUACAGAUCCCCAAGGAUAGUUGACUCCCACGGUUCUGAUAGGUGCCUUUUUUGCAGGUAACACCUUUUGUGGUUUUUGUUUUGUUUUGUUCAUUGACAAUAGGGCACAUGUGCUUACCAAACAGAAAUAGAGAAAGGGAAAG